AGCACAGAUAUCGAGACUAGCUCUCCCAGCAACAUUCACUAGCCGACGGAACGAUCGAAUUAGCCGGUUUGUUUAGCUGGAACUUCCGCCGGUAACUUUCUCUCUCUAACUUUCCUUUUUAGGUUUAAGGGAAAUUUUGGAAAGUUGUUAUCAAUCACGGAGAAGAAGCUUUUUGUUUCCACUGAAAAAGGAAAAAUCCCCCCAAUCAACCAGUUGGGGGGUUUUCUCGGAAACCGCCAUGGAAGCUUCUCUCUGAUCCAGCCACUCAUUAAACAUAGUUAAUUAUUCUAAUCAACCUGUUUAAUUCAUAUCGUAUCGACCUUAAUUAACCGUCUCUCAUCCCAAUGCUUCUUCUAAUGUACAUAUUUUCGCUUUCCAAUCGAUCUUUUUUCCUUCAGAGAGGAAGAAGAAAGAGAGAAAUUAAAGAUGUCGUCGUCGUCGUCGUCGCAGAGCUCGCCGUGCGCGGCGUGCAAGUUCCUGCGGCGGAAGUGCACGGCGGAGUGCGUGUUCGCCCCCUACUUCCCGCCGGACCAGCCGGCCAAGUUCGCGAGCGUCCACCGCGUCUUCGGGGCCAGCAACGUCGCCAAGCUGCUCAACGAGAUCCCCGCCGCCCAGCGCGACGACGCCGCCAAUUCCCUCGCGUACGAGGCAGAGGCCCGCUUCAACGACCCGGUCUACGGCUGCGUCGGCUUCAUCUCCCAGCUCCAGCACCGCCUCAAGCAGCUCCACUUGGAUCUCCACCUCGCCAGGCAGGAGCUCGACAAAUACAUCGGCCCUCAAUCCUUGCUCGUCCCCUCCCCAAAUUUCGGCGUCCCCGGAAACCCCUCUUCUUCGACCCUCAUGAUUCCGCCGCAACAGCAGCAGAUAAACAGUUACCCGAUGAUGGGUAUUCCGACCGGGUCGGGUCUACCCGUUAUGAUCCGAGAAAAUAAUACCCAACUCCAGCAGCAAUUUCAUCACCGGCUUCAACUGCAGGAGGCGGCACAGCAGCAGCAGAGGCAGUUUCAGCAGCAGGAGCAGCAGCAGAGGCAGUUUCAGCAGCAGGAGGUGAUCAGGUUGAUGGAUGGUGGUGUUACAGCGACUGGUUUCAAUGAGAUUAUUAGCAGCCCAUCAAUGGGUGUCUCGACGCCAUCAUCGUCAUCCCUAGCUCUAGGGGAGAUGGAUCAUGAUAGAGCGUACCAAGGGCAGCAGGUUCAAAGGCCGGUGGUGGAGCUUAAGCCACAGCUGUUUCUUCAACAGCAGCAUCAUCUGCAGAAAGAGCAGCGGCAGGAGGGGAGCACAGGGCCGUCAGGUUGAUGAUGUUGAACUUUCAGAGACAGGGUUUGCUUUGUUUAGUCUGGCUGAGAUACUGUGAUAGAAGAGAGAUGUGCAUAGUUUCUGUUCUUGGUGAGCAUGACUCUCUGCUUUCUUUCUUUUUGUCUCUCAGCAUACACACACAGUCACACACACACAGAAAUGUUGACAUUAAUGGAGGGGAG